UUGUCAUGUGACUUGGGACUGUAGUAAGACAGGUGCCUUCAGUUCACUCUCAGUAAGGGGCUGGUCGCCUGCGGGAGUGUGUGCUCGGUCUCACUGUGGAUUGGAGUUUGAACAAGCUUGACUGGCGUCAUUCAGAAGCUGGAUGGCGUGGGACAUGUGCAACCAGGACUCUGUGUGGAGUGACAUCGAGUGUGCUGCCCUGGUUGGUGAAGACCAGCCUCUUUGCCCAGAUCUUCCUGAACUUGACCUUUCUGAACUAGACGUGAACGACUUGGAUACAGACAGCUUUCUCGGUGGACUCAAGUGGUGUAGUGACCAAUCGGAAAUCAUUUCCAACCAGUACAACAAUGAGCCUUCGAAUAUAUUCGAGAAGAUAGAUGAAGAGAAUGAAGCAAACUUGCUAGCGGUCCUCACAGAGACACUGGACAGCCUCCCCGUGGAUGAAGACGGAUUACCCUCAUUUGAUGCACUGACAGAUGGAGAUGUGACUACUGACAAUGAUGCUAGCCCUUCCUCUAUGCCUGACGGCACCCCUCCACCUCAGGAGGCAGAAGAGCCAUCUCUACUUAAGAAGCUCUUACUGGCACCAGCCAACACUCAGCUAAGUUAUAAUGAAUGCAGUGGUCUCAGUGCCCAGCACCAUGCAAAGCAUAAUCCCAGGAUCAGAACAAACCCUGCGCUUGUUAAGACCGAGACUUCAUGGAGCAAUAAAGCGAAGAGCAUUUGUCAACAGCAAAAGCCACAAAGACGUCCCUGCUCAGAGCUCCUCAAGUAUCUGACGACAAGCGAUGACCCGCCUCACACCAAACCCUCAGAAACCAGAAACAGCCACAGAGACAAAUACCCCUCCAAAAAGAAGCCCCACGCCCCAUUGCAGACACAGCACUUACAAGCCAAACCAACAACUUUAUCUCUUCCUCUGAGCCCAGAGUCUCCAAAUGACCCCAAGGGUUCCCCAUUUGAGAACAAGACUAUUGAACGAGCCUUAAGUGUGGAACUCUCUGGAACUGCAGGUCUAACUCCACCCACAACUCCUCCUCAUAAAGCCAACCAAGAUAAUCCUUUUAGGGCUUCUCCGAAGCUGAAGCCCUGCAAGACUGUGGUACCGGUACCGCCGCCAUCGAAGAAGCCUCGGUGCAGCGAGUCUGCGGGUACCCAAGGAACCAACUCCACCAGGAAAGGUCCCGAGCAAUCUGAGCUGUACGCCCAGCUCAGCAAGACCUCGGCUCUCCCCAGUGGACACGAGGAAAGGAAAGCCAAGCGGCCCAGUCUGCGGCUGUUUGGUGACCAUGACUAUUGCCAGUCGCUUAAUUCCAAAUCGAAAAUACUCAUCCAUGUAUCACAGGAGCUCCCGGACUCCAGACCACUCGAAGAUAAAGAUGCCUCCCCUGAUUGGCAGGGGCACAUCCGUCCUUCCACAGACUCAGACCAGUGCUGCCUGAGAGAGACGUGGCAGGCGGGCAAGCCGGUCUCUGCUUGCAGCACCAGGCAACCGCUCCAGGACCAGCAGAUCCGCGCCGAGCUGAACAAGCACUUCGGCCAUCCCAGUCAAGCCGUUUUUGACGACGAAGCAGACAAGAUCAGUGGACUGAGGGACAGUGAUUUCAGUCACGGACAAUUUUCCAGACUACCGAUGUUUAUAAAUUCAGGACUAGCCAUGGAGGGCCUGUUUGAUGACUGCGAAGACGAAAGUGAUCAACUGAGCCACCCGUGGGAUGGCGCGCAGUCCUAUUCCGUGUUUGACGUGUCGCCUUCCGGCUCUGCUUUUAACUCUCCAUGUCGAGAUUCCGUGUCGCCACCCAAAUCCUUAUUUUCUCAAAGACCCCACAGGAUACGCUCUGGGUCAAGGUCCUUCUCUCGACACAGGUCGUGUUCCCGGUCACCCUCCUCCAGGUCAAGAUCAAGGUCCCCAGGCAGUCGUUCUUCUUCCAGAUCUUGCGCCCACUUUGAGUCAAGCCAAGGCAGACACCGAGCACACAGGACUUCCCCCUUGUGUGGGGGGUCAUGCUCUAGGUCACCCUUCAGUCGGCGGCCCAGGUAUGACAGCUACGAGGAAUAUCAGCACGAGAGGCUGAAGAGGGAGGAAUACCGUAAGGAAUAUGAGAAGCGGGAGUCUGAGAGGGCCAAGCAAAGGGAGAAGCAGAGGCAGAAGGCAAUUGAAGAACGCCGCGUGAUUUAUGUGGGGAAAAUCUGCCCUGACACAACACGCGCCGAGCUGAGGGACCGUUUUGAAGUUUUUGGUGAAAUUGAGGAGUGCACAGUAAAUCUUCGGGAUGAUGGGGACAGCUACGGUUUCAUCACCUACCGCUACACCUGUGACGCUUUCGCUGCUCUGGAAAACGGAUACACUCUGCGCAGGUCGAAUGAGACUGACUUCGAGCUGUACUUUUGUGGACGCAAGCAAUUUUUCAAGUCUCACUAUGCAGACCUAGAUUCCAACUCCGAUGACUUUGACCCUGCUUCCACCAAGAGCAAGUAUGACUCUCUGGAUUUCGAUAGUUUACUGAAAGAGGCUCAGAGAAGCUUGCGCAGGUAACCUGUUCCUUCCCUGGAUGACAGAGGCCUGGUGAAUACCUCACGGGACAGCGCGUCCUUCCCAGACAGACUCUUGCAAGUCAUACUUAGGAAUUUCUCCUACUUUACACUCUGUACAAAACAAACAAAACAAAACAACAACAAUACAACAAGAACAACAACAAUGGUUUACAUGAACACAGCUGCUGAAGAGCAAAGAGUAUGGAUAUGCAGUAAGCACAUGUUUAUUCAUGGGUGUCGGCUUUGCGUUCCCUGGAGUCUGUUGGUGAUGGAGUGCCUGUGUGCGUGCCUGCGUGUGCACAUGUGCACACACCUGGUUUGGGGGGAGGAUGUGUGUAUUCAUGUUAGGGACACCUGACAACAGUGUGCAGGGGGGCAAACCACUUCAAAUGGCAGCAGUUCCAUGGAAACACACUUAAACACCUAGAACUUCAAAAUGUUCCUACUCUAUUCAAAAGGAAAAAAAGAAAUAUAUGUAUAGCCUAAAAAUUAUAAAAGGAAAGAAAAACCAACCAACCACAGACCACGCUAAAAUGACAGCUGCUGAUGUCCGAGCAUCAGCCACCGUACUCUGGUUCAUUUUUGUUUCUUAAAUGAAAGAGCAGAUUCAACUCGAAGCAAGCUUUCUCUCCUAACGUUCUGAUUCUAUGACAAUCCUGACGAAACCCUAAGUUGCGUAGAACAAAUAUCCUCUCUCCUCUCUCUCUCUUCUCUCUCGCUCUAUCCCCUCUCACUCUCUCCUUCCCACCCUUCCUUCUUAAUUUCGUACUUUCGGUUCGCCAUGGGGUCUGGGUGGGAGAGGAGACUGUGGGUGCCGGCUUAAUAGAACACUCCUCACAUUUUGACGUUUCUGUUGUCCGUCCUUUAUCCUGACACCCAUGUCAACGUCCAAAUGUCAAAAGCCUUGUCAAUGGUCAAGCGCACAGCUGCUUCAGCGGUUCUUGUCGAGCAGCCGACACGGUGUUACAUUACCCACCAGAGUGCGUAGAGCGCUCUGGGAUGUCGUCAGAUAGCAUCAUUGCUACAUUCUCCGAUGUAGUUAAGUAUUUACCGAGGUUUAAUGGAGUAUUUUUAUUUUGUGUACAUAUUCUACAAAAUGUUCUUUUUUUGUUACAGCUAUGCACUGUAAAUGCAGCCUUCUUUUCAAAACCGCUCAAUUUUUCUUAAUCAAGAAUAUUCAAAAUGUAACUAGGAGGUGAAACCAUUAUUGUACACUAACCUAUUUAGAAGCUAAACUUACUGCUUAUCUAUAUUUGAUUGUAAAAACACAAAAACAACAAAAAAAGACAAGUGUGUGUGUCCUUUGAGUGCAGCAGCAACGACGCUCCAUGCAGCCCACCCCGUCACCAGUGAGCUUCGCGAUCUUCAGUCUCUAGUCAAGAGAUAUCUUAGUCCCUUAGUCCCUUAAAGGUAUUAACCACUUCUGCGAUAUUUUUCCACAUUUUUCUUGUUGCUUGUUUUUCCUUUGAAGUUUUAUACACUGGAUUUGUUAGGGGAAUGAAAUUUUCUCAUCUAAAAUUUUUCUAGAAGAUAAUCAUGAUUUUAUGUAAAGUCUCUCAAUGGGUAACCAUUAAGAAAUGUUUUUAUUUUCUCUAUCAACAGUAGUUUUGAAACUAGAGGUCAAAAAAAAGAAUCUUUUUAAAAAUGCUGUUUUCUUUUAAUUUUUUGUGAUUUUAAUUUGAUACGAAAUGCUGAGGUAAAUAAUUAAGUAUGAUUUUUACAAUAAUCAAUGUGUGUGUGAAGAGUCUCGGAAGCCGGUUAUCUCUUUUCCCUUGGCAGAGUGUGAUGAUGGUAUUUAUCUGUAUUUUUUACAGUUAUGCAUCCUGUAUAAAUACUGAUAUUUCAUUCCUUUGUUUACUGAAGAGACAUUAUUUAUCGGUUGCAAAUAGCCUAUUUAUUAUAAAUUAUGAUAUGAUGAAAAUAAUAAAGCCAGUGGAAAUUUUCUACCUAGAAUGCAUGGCAAUUGUCAGGUGGGAGUUUUAAAGUGCUUCAUUUGGGAAAAAAAAAAAACCACACAAACAAACAAACAAAAAUUCAGCUUCUGCAGAAGCAUUGUUUCUACUUGUACUAGCACGGCCUCUAAUGCGACCAUGGUGUUGUCCUUGAUGACAUUGCUUCUGCUCAAUUCAAUUUAAAAAUUUUAAAAAUUUUUAAAAAAAAGAGAAAGAAAUUCUGAAAAACCUCCAUUUUGUGCGUCAGGAUUUCAUCUGCGCGUGGAGUCCCUGGAAUGGAAUUCGGUCACGUUUGGAGCGUGUAUUCAUGUUUCUAAAUUGAGAUGCGCUCACUCUUUGGCAGACAUACCUUCUCUGGAAGACAUGAUGGAUCUACUGCUUUUAGCAUUCUUUUCCUUUCCACCCAACGCAAAGGUAUAAACCGGAUUUUCACCCCCAGGCCGAUGCAGCCCAUCUUGAUAGCUGCACUCAGUUAUCACCAGCAUAUUGUGUUCCGAGUGAAUCCACCGUCUGUCCUGUCGGAUGCUUGCUUGAGUUCUUGGCUUCUUCUUUAUAAGUAGAUAGAAAGCAAUAAAAAAAUACUAGAAAAUAAAAGAACUUGACCACAGGUUCUACGUUACGACGGCAACACAUCUUUAUUCCGCCUAAUUCUUGUUGUGCUGUAGGUGAAAUGCAGGUACUUUAACUCUGUGUGAACGCCAAACUAAAGUUUACAGUCUUUUUUUCCGGAAGUUUCAGUAUCUUCUGUUGUAGAAUAAUAAUAAUAUAAAAAAGACUAUUAAGAGCAAUAAAUUAUUUUUAAGAAAUCAAUAUUUAGUAAAUCGUAUUAUGUGUUCAAGGACCAGAUGUGUUAUCUAUUUUGCCUUUAAAUUUUUUUCUGUUUUCUUUUUCUUUUUUUGUGAUCCAAUUUGAAAUGCAUUCGCUUUUUUUGCGCCCUGGACUGCUGACACGAGCAUAAGACUGGGUUCCUUUUUCUUCCAUUUUCAAAAGACAACACUUCCAAGUUCAUAUUGAGGAUUAAUCUCUUCCCCCAUCUGGCCUGGCAAAUAUCUUUACCAUGAAGAUAGUUUUCCUCUGCGGACUUUGAAUUGCAUCUGAAAUUAGUGCAAAAAAAGAAUCACUAGACCGCCCAAAUAGCGCUUUUUGUAUCUUAUGCAGGCACUGUGGGUAGCCCAUCAAAAUGUAAACUGUGUUCCUUUUAUUUUCUCUUUUCUUCUUGGAAGCAAAUAUUUCAAAUUGCCACACGUAUCCCAUCCUUACUGGAGGCAGAUUUCAGCAUAGAUCUUUAGGAUUUUUUAGAUGAUCGUGGGCCAUUGCUUUCAUGCUGUGGUAAGUACCACAUUUAUAAUUUCGGCAACUGAACUGGUGCUUUUGAAAGGUGGGGGGUUCUUUUUUUCCUUUUUAAAGAAAUGUAGCCGAAUCAUCCAUCCAGUGCGACAGAAUCCUUUUGUUUCUCCUUGCUACGGGACCGUGAGCGCACAAUGACUGGGCUGUCAACAUUCAGAGCCAGACACGAGAGAGGGAGCUUUGCCCUAUUGGGGUGUAAUGGUUGGGCCAGUUGAGAAAACAAAACUAAAACUAAAAAGGAAACCUUUUCCUGCCUUUAGAUGUGAGCUUCCAGUAGGUAAUGAUUGUGUGUCCCUUUCUGAUGGCUGUGAAGAGAACUUCAAUCGUUGUAGUCUAAGACCUGAUCUAUAGAUGACCUAGAAUAGCCAUGUACUAUAAUGUGAUGAUUCUCAAUUUGUACCUAUGUGACGGACGUUGUUCAAGAAUGUGAACUGCGGACUCGAUGGAGCUACUUUAAGAUGUGUAGGGGAAACGAUAAUGCUGUUGGGUGGCCUAUGCUGAGCAGGGAAAGUGAGCGAUUUGUGGAGCCCUUGCUGGGCUUUUUAUUUUUAUUAUUAUUUUUUUCCACCUGCCAAUUCUACAUGUAUUGUUGUGGUUUUAUUCAUUGUAUGAAAAUUCCUGUGAUUUUUUUUUAAAUGUGCAGUACACAUCAGCCUCACUGAGCUAAUAAAGGGAAACGAAGGUUUCAAAUCUA